GAGACAAUUUCACAAAAUAAGAAGAUGGCGAUGAUUAAAAAUUUCCGAGUUUUUCAUAAGCUAGAACCUCCCCCAUAUAGCAUCAUUCUUGAAAACAGAAAUAAUGAGGACACCUUGAUGUUUGAAUCUAACGCAUUAGCUGUUUUAUCUGCUGCUGAAACAGAAGCCAUUAAAAAGCAGUAUGUGAAGAUAUUGGAUGCAUAUGGAUGCUUGGGCGUUCUCAACUUCAAUCUAGGACAAGAAUGUGUAUCAUAUUUGGUUUUAGUGACUGGUUGUUUAUCUGUUGGUAAAAUUGGAGAAUCUGACAUUUUCAAAAUCACUACAACUCAGUUUGUGUCUCUACGAAAUAAUCCAGGCGACGAGGAAAGGAUACAGGAAAUUAAAAAGCUGAUGAACUCUGGGACAUUUUACUUUUCAUGGUCAAACUCUGGAAUACCAUGGGACCUUACACUCUGUGCUCAAAGAAAAUUACAGGAACAUGAAACGGAUAACAGAUUCUUUUGGAAUCGUAUGUUACAUGUACAUUUCCAAAGAUUUAAUGUUGACUGUGAUCAAUGGUUGUUUAAAGUAAUAUGUGGAGGUGUAGAAAUCAGAACAAUUUAUGCCUCUCAUAGACAAGCAAAGGCCUGUCUCAUAUCCCGUCUAAGUUGUGAAAGGGCAGGAACCAGAUUUAAUGUAAGAGGAGCAAAUGAUGAUGGAAAUGUGGCCAAUUUUGUGGAAACAGAACAAGUUAUAUUUCUUGAUGGACAGAUUUCAUCGUUUAUACAAACAAGGGGUUCUGUCCCCUUAUUUUGGGAACAACCAGGCAUUCAGGUUGGCUCUCACAAAGUUCGAAUGUCAAGAGGUCAUGAAGCUUCAGCUCCAGCAUUUGAGCGCCAUCUGGUGACAAUAAAGCAGUUAUAUGGAGAGCAAGUCAUUAUAAAUCUGCUGGGCAGAAAAGAAGGGGAACAUAUGUUAAGUCAAGCUUUCCAGUCUCAUCAUAAAGCCUCACAGUAUGGUAAAGACAAACCACUGAUUAAUUUUGACUAUCACUCAGAAUGCAGAGGUGGAAAUCUGAAAAACCUUAGCAAAUUGAGAGACAGAAUAAAAAAACAACUCGAUAGUUUUGAGUUCUUCUAUGUUGAAAAUGACGAAUCAAAAAAAUUUCAGACUGGAACAAUGAGAACCAAUUGUUUAGAUUGUUUAGACAGAACUAAUGCUACACAGUCUAUGAUUGGUGCAGAGAUUUUACCAAAGCAGUUAGAAUGUCUUGGAUUAUAUAACAAACCACAGAUGAUAUCCAGGUUUGAGGAGAUUUACAAACAGAUCUGGACACUUAAUGGGGACCAUUGCAGUAGAAUCUACGCUGGGACGGGGGCUUUAGGAGGAGGGAGAUCAAAGUAUUCUGAUGCAACCAGGUCAGCAUCUAGAACAAUACAGAACAACUUCUUAGACAGCAGUAAACAAGAGGCAAUAGACAUGUUGUUGUUAGGCAGUACAUUACGUGGAGAUCUAGCUGAUAAAGUUAGAGCAUUGUUAUCUACCAGAGUAUUACAUGCCCAAGCGCCUAUUCUCCAUACAAUGAUCCAGAGACAUCCAGAAUAUACUCAAAAGAACCCACUACGUAUUUGUGUUGGGACAUGGAAUGUUAAUGGAGGAAAACAUUUCCGUAGUAUAGCAUUCAAGCAUCAAUCCAUGACUGAUUGGUUGUUAGAUGCACCUAAGAUAUCUAAAGAAAAUGAUACAGGAGUUGUUUCCCCUGAUGCAGACCUUGACAAACCUAUAGAUGUAUUUGCCAUUGGAUUUGAGGAAAUUGUAGAUUUGAAUGCAAGUAAUAUUGUCAGUGUAAGCACAACAAAUGCAAGGGAAUGGCAAAAAUAUAUUUUAAAGGUCAUUUCUCGGGACCAUAAAUAUGUUGUGUUGACCAGUGUCCAGUUAGUAGGGGUCAUUCUGUAUGUGUUUGUCAGACCACAGUUGGCCCCAUUCAUUAGAGAUGUUGCUACAGAUUCUGCUAAGACAGGUCUAGGUGGCGCCACUGGAAACAAAGGAGGUGUGGCUAUCAGAUUUUUGGUCCAAAGUACAUCAGUGUGUUUUGUUUGUGCCCAUUUGGCUGCUGGUCAGUCACAAAUCAAUGACAGAAAUAGUGAUUACGCUGAAAUAACUCGUAAAAUUUCCUUCCCCAUGAUAUAUGGAAUACUUGAUAAGGGAAGAAGUAUAAUGUCACAUGACUAUGUUUUCUGGUGUGGAGAUUUUAACUACAGGAUAGAUCUACCUAAUGAGGAUGUUAAGAAGUUAGUACAGGAUGAGAACUGGUCAGCCCUACGAGAAUGUGAUCAACUAUUUGUUCAGAAAGAUGAAGGAAAAGUAUUUGAAGGAUUCAAUGAAGGCCAGUUGAACUUUGCCCCUACAUACAAGUAUGACCUGUUCUGUGAUGAUUAUGACACUAGUGAUAAAUGUCGAACUCCAGCAUGGACAGAUAGAGUCCUCUGGAGACGAAAUAUUUGGUGGAAAAAUGGUCCGAAUUUAUUGGAAAAAGAAGAUCCACAUGAAAAUGGUCAUCUUGUUCUUUAUAACAGAUCUGAACUGAAGACUUCAGAUCAUAGACCUGUAGUUGCUGUAAUAGAUAUUGCUAUACAAGAAGUCAUUGACAACAAGAAACAGGAUGUUCUCGAUGAGGUUAUAGGUCAACAGGGACCAUCAGAUUGCACUGCCGUUGUUUCUCUUACAGAGGGAGAGUUUGAUGAUGAUACUGUAGACAGUAUUGUAGGAACUUUAACUGAUGUAGGGGAGAUAAGUCUAGUCAGGUUUGUUGAUGAAGAUAUGUGGUUGAUAUUUACAAAUGGAAAACAUGCAAUAGAGGCUUUACAGUACAACAAUAUGGAGAUGAAUGGCAGAAAAGUCCAAGUAAAGUUAAAGACUGUGGACUGGAAACAGCAGAUAGAUAAAGAGAUGAAGCUGUGUACAAUGAACACUGGGGCCCUGUUUAACAACAUCAGUAACAGUUUACUUGGAGAAGAUUUCACAGGAUUGUAUGACUUUGAUUCUGAUGAAGAUGAAGAUGACCAGACAGACAGAUUAACAGUAUCAGAAAAUAACACUCCUAUACAUUCAGGAAGAAAUAGUCCAGCUCUUUCAGAUGAUGGUAUACUGGAUGGUGCUCCUCCCCCACCAAACAGACCUGCACCUCCUGCUAGACCAAAUGUAAACCCUGUAGCAUCAGAGGAUACUGGGUCAAAAGAGGUUCCAGCCAAACAACCUCCACAGAGACCAGCUCCUCCUGUGAAGCCCCCUCCUCCACAAAGACCAACUGGUGGUCCAAUGAAACCAGUACAACAAAGCACAGUUGCACCUUUGAAGAAGAUGCCACCAGUCAGAAAGCCAUUGGGAUCACAAUCAAUUAAAAACAUCAAAUCAAAAAAACAAGCAAAGAUUUCAUCAAUUGGACUGCCUACUAAUGUUUUACAUCACGGCCAUGCAGCAAGCAUGCAGGAAGCUCAGAAUGUCAUUGAGAAGUUGAUUAGAGGUGAAAGUGUAGAUGCUUCAUUGCCACAACCAUUAAUGCCAAAUAAUGAUGAACUACUAACUCCUUCUCAGAUACCUCAGAGUAGAACUGCUGAGACCUUGUCAUCAGUUGCAGAAUCAGCCAAUGAAGGAGCUAAUGUUCCUAAACCCAUACCAAGAGCAAGAAGUACGGGAAAUAUUACAGGGACUAUCAAUCCUGUUCCUGUACCACGAUCACGUGAUAGUCCUACUGAAGAAAGAAAACCUAUCCCAAGAUUAAGAGAUAGUCCAACCGAUGAUUCAAGUAUACCUGCAUCUCGACCAAGACCUGCACCAAGAAGAGAAGUUCAAAGUGCAUUUGUACCAUCAACAAACUCAAAUGACAUUUAUUCAGGUCAAGUUAUGUCUGGUUUGAACCAGAAUGAACAGAAUAUAUCUAGUCAACCAAAUUCUAUUUUAGAUGCACCAAUAUCACCUUUUACUAAACCAAAGGCUGAUCCAUUUGAUACAAGUAAUGUACAAGCAAAGUUUAUUAAUCCUUUAUACAAUAUACCAGCAUCAAACUUUGUAGAUAAUUCUAGUCAACAAAAUGGAAAUGUUGAAAUGAGGGAUCCAAGUUUUCCAGAACCAAUGUUUAGUCCUCCAAGUAUGCCCCCUCCAGCACCUGAAUCUCCACCCCCAUCACCGCCAGUAACACACAAUUCUUCAGGGGACCUUAAUGAAUCACCUAGGCUUAAUGAUCAAAAUCCCCCAUCUCAUCCCCCACCAAACUUGCCCCCUCCACCACCCCCACGCCCUGUAGAUGGAGCUCCAACAAAUCUUCCUCCUGUCCCCUCUAGACCUGCUGUCCCAUCUCGACCCCCAUCUAGUAUACCAAAUAAUCUCCCCCCUGUCCCAAGUAGAAGUUUACCUCCUGUACCACCUAGAAAUUAAAUAGAUAACUGGAUAUUUAUGCAGUGUAUGGUAUUUUCCCUGAAAUUAUCGUCGUAGUUGUUAUGCAUGACAUAAUCAAAAACUGUAAGAUAAAUAUUUUCACAGAUGAUUUAAAAUACGUCUUUUGCACUAUGUGCACUUAGAAAUUAGUUGUUUUGUAAUUUAUUUGAUUUAGAUUCAGCUACACAGCAUUUCAACAAAAUUUGUCACUUUAUUCUGUUUAUUAACAUUACCUAUCUUUGCAUGGCAACUAUAAUGUGUUUUGACAAGAAUAAUACCAACCAUACUGUAUGUUAAAAAGCAAUAAAUCUAAGUAUUAAACAUAUGAUUUCAUAAGGAAAGGUUGUAUCUCCUUUUAUUAUUAUUUAUUAAUUGUGCAAUUUUACAUGCUAUAUGUGGGAGUUAUUAAGAACAUUUUAUCAUAUAUUAAAUUAGCUGCGGAACCGUAGCUCAUAGGUCCUUAUGUUAUUUUUUAUUACUACAUGUAUUUGCGGACCAUAUGGUCCAUACUGUUCCGCAGCUAAUAUUCAAAAGAAUCAGAUUUAAUGUAUUUUUUCACAUGACCAUAAAUUUAAGAUUAACGAAAGGUCAGUAAGAUAUGUUAGUUACUUGUCCUUUUAUUGUGAUUCCUAUAUUUGUAGUGCCAAAGAAUUGUUUUCAGUUAAUUUUACUUUAAGAUGUAAAAUAAUGGUUCUUUGAUCUUUGUUGCAUCCCUAACUGGGACCAGGUUUUUUUCAGUUCAUCCAAAAAAAAAUCAUGUUGCUUAAGUCUUAAAUCUUAGAUCUAAAAUAUGUUCAUAAAGAAGCUUGACAAUUAGAUUUAUGCAUUUAUAAAGUCAUUUCUUAUGUCUCUGAUAAAUGUUUAUCUCGUUUGUUUAUUCUAAAUCUUCUUAUUUUGUAUGGAACAAAAAAUUAUAAUUUACGUUCAAUAAAAAUUUGAUAUGAAAUAUAAUACAGUAUGUGGUUAAUAAAACACACAUACUUUGAAGGAUAAAGAAAUAAUCUAUUUUAAAUGCCAUAUUAUUUUUUAAAAAAUAAUGCUUCCCUGUUUUACAAAAAAAAUCAAACAAAAUAUUGAAUAAAAGAAGGAUUUGUUUUUUCUGAUGAAUACACUAUUUAUAUUUUUGGUACCAAAAUAGGAUAAAAGUUUUCAAUGAUUGCACAUAAGAAUGUAAAAAAUAUUAAAUUUUGUUUUUACCUGACAAAACAUUGAGAUUUUUUUCAAACAUGCAAGUUUCUUUUGUUUUUUUGACAAGCAAAUAUGAUAGAAAUUAUUUUUUCUGAUAAGCACUCACAUUUUGAAAAUUGAAAAUAGAAAGGGGGAAUGUGUCAAAGAGAUAACUAUCUGACCAAAGAGCAGAAUGUAUAUUUAUGUAUAUGUUCUACUUCUCCUUGCAUUCACACAGUUUUCUAAAGAAGAGAAAUCUUCUAUUUUAUUAAAACAUUACAUAAGACAUGAAAAUGGACCAACAGUCUUUCCUUUGUCUUUUAUACUCAAUAUCUGUCUGUCAAAAUAGUUUGAGAUUUGACACAAACAUUGAAUCUAUUGUACAUUUUAGUGUAGAAGUAUGUUUGUAUACAUACAGGUAUAUUUAAGUUAUUGUUGCUAGUGCUAUAAGUGUGCAUAAUGAUAAUUCUGUGCAAUAAAUUUUAUUUACAUUGUAUUUAAUACAUAGUACAUGUAUAUUUAGGGAGAAUAUUUGACAUUUAUGCAUGCAAAAAAUUAAUAUUUCUUAGGUACUGAAAAUUUAGAAAUUAUUGCAUGCAUUUAUUAUUGCAAUUUUGUCAUUACUAAAAUGUGAUUUCAAUUUUUGAAUUUUAAGGAUAAAUCUUGUUUAAAUCAAAUAAAAGAUUUCAAAAUGAGAGUUAAAAAAUGCGAUUAUAACCAUGUCACAUUUUUCGCAAUAACAAAAACUUUGCAAUAAUUUCUGAAUUUACAGUAAAUAGUCCUUGAGAAAGAAUUGACAUUCACAGAUUUUCAAAGAUUAUCAGAUACUUUGAUGUAAUUUUCUUUUUGGAACAUAUACAACAUGAAAUUUGAGUUUUAGAGGAGAAAAGACAGAACCAUGACUAUGAGCAAAAUACUUUAGAUAAGAUGAGGAAGUUUACAAAACAUUGUUAUUGGUAGAAGUUGUUAUAUUAUACAUUCCAAGUUAGAUCACGCUAGGUCUUGGUUUCUGUGUUGCUGUUGUUACAUAUUUGAUAUACAUUUUUAGAAUAAACUGUGAUAUGUGUUAUUGUUUU